AUGUUCAAACAUGAAGUCAUUGAUGCCCAACUCGUUAAUGCUCCGCGGCGUGUACUCGAUACCACCACAGGUCUCUUAUGUGAUCGAGAGACGCAGAUAGACACCUUCAAAAUGAGCACGCAGUAUAAGAAGCUUGUGUCGUCAACAAUCACGCAUGUAGACUUGGACAUCGAGCGCAUCAAAGAAGUGGUGAAGAGAUACCUACAAUAUGCCAUGCUAUCACACAGGUGGGAAGGGAAGGAGCCACUACUGCAGGAUAUCCAGGGCAAGUGCGUGUACGACUCAGAGUUGGAUCCAGUUGGCGGCAUGACGAAACUGUGGUCGUUCUGCAAAACUGCUCGUGAUGCGGAGUAUAACUGGGCAUGGAGCGAUACAUGCUGCAUCGACAAGAGCAACAAUGUCGAAGUCCAAGAAUCGGUCAACUCCAUGUUCGAAUGGUAUCAUCAUUCCGUGCUCACGAUUGUCUACCUGUCUGAUAACAAUUGGACUCUUUAUCGUAAUGAUCUUACUCCCAACCACAAGGAUUCCAUUGCAAUCAUGCAGGAGAUAAAGGAUGUGACAGGCAUAGACCGACCAGCCGUUGUGCCCUUCCGUCCCAAUUAUGGUGAAAAGCAGGACAAGGCUCUCGGGCGGCUCCUGCAGGAGAUCGUGGCUCGGUCAGGGGACAUCACUGGCCUCGAUUGGGACGGAGAAUCAUCAGAGUUCAACAGCUGUCUACCAGCCUCCAUCACUUCAUACGAAGCUCCACCGUGCCAGCUACCACCCCUACCCGAGGAAGAAAUUCAGUCAUCUGUUUCUUCGCUGCGAAAGACGGUGGCUACUGAUUUUGCUUCGAACCUUUAUACCGUGCUUCGGAACACGAGUGCCCCUCGCUUCGCAGCACAGAGACUGCAUCUGCCUUGUCUUGCAUUCAAUGUCAGGAAAGUCAGACGGGUGGUUAGUCCAGCCUCGAAAACUCAUUUCACGUAUGAAGUGGAGGCAGACGGACUUCACAACUUGCUUAUCACCACUGCAGAGACCCUGGCUCAGUUCUGGCAAGCGAGGCCCAUUGAACAAAAAUUUGUCCUUGUCCGUCCCUGGGAUCGGUCUCUCCUGGAGCUACCUGAAUUUGUAGAACCGUCUGACUAUGCAAAUGAUGUGGAGAGUGAAGAGGAUUAUGGAACGCCGCCUUCUCCAUCAGACGACUGGUCUGGUGGUUCUCCUGUAAAACAGGGGAUGUCUGAUCUAGAAUCACGAGCAUUGCGGUUGCUUGUUCACCUUGGGCAGCCUUUUGGUGCAUUUUUACUGGCGCAGCAGCACAGUGGAGAAUACAAGAGGAUCGCGACGGAUUAUGAUAUCAUUGGACACUGGCAGUCAGAUGGCGUUGUUUCAAAGAUUAUGGACCUCUGGACGUUUCGCAUCUGUAUAUACUGGGGUAAAAAUUAUGCUACAAGUCCCGUCGCUUCCCUAUCAUUUCUCACAAGCCUUCGUUCGUCCUUCAAAAAUCCUUCGAGAGUGGGGACCAUGACAAACAGCGAUCCACAAAUGGCCAUCACCACAUCUUCACAGAUUACCGCCAUAAUGAAUAUCAGACCAGGACCCAAGACUCACUCACCUCCACCACCAGAACAGCCUACAGCCGCGUACUCCCGUCUACCUGGAACAUCCACCCUGUUGGGAAUGACGCGCGCAGCAAAGAGGGACAGGCAUUCAGGGCCCUUCAGCAGCCGGCCACUGCAGAGUGAUGCAAAAAAAAUUCGGAUGGGUGUUGGGUCCGGAACUGUGGCGAAGCAUUCAGUAGUGCGAUCGACUGGUGACAUCCGAGAAAUGCAGCACGAUGGAGGUGUCUGGGAUUAUGGACGUCAAAUUCUCGAUGCUGCUGGCGUGCGGACUCAAAAGAAUCAUGCACGGACACAAAUUCGAGGCCCUAUAAAGACCAAACACUCAUCAGUUACACCACAAACAAAGGUUCAUGAUAAGCAUACAUAG